ACCCCCAAAUUCAUUUUUUUAGUUGAUUAAUCGCUUUCACUUUUACGACUUUGUUUGCUUCGUACUUGGAUUUUAUUUUAUUUUUCUUUCGUUGUUGGUGGAAUUGUUAGGCGUGUUGUAUGUCGGUUCGUGAUUCAGAUGGUUCUUGUUAUUUGAAGAGGAAUUAGUUGUGUGAGGCUUUUCCUGGAAGAAAGGAAAGAAAAAUGAUGUAUGCAGUUAUUGUGGGGAACUUAGGGUUACUGAUGCUGGAUUGCUGAAAUCGUGCGGAGGGUUAGAGAUUGUGGCGCAGACUUCUUGUUUAAGAUUAUAAAAGCCGAGAAAGCAUGUCAAGUGGUGGAAACACUCAUUGGUGCUACCAGUGCAGUCAGCCUGUACGACCUCAAGGCCGUAACUUGGUCUGCCCCUACUGUGAUGGAGGCUUUAUACAGGAGCUGCCCGAAGUUAUGGGUGCUCACCCUGGUGAUGGUUCUGGACUAGGUUUUAUGGCUCCUUCGCAAGAUCCGAGAUUUGGUAUUAUGGAUGCCUUUGCUGCCCUAAUGAGGCAUAGGAUGAUAGGAAGGGACCCAAACUUUGAUGUCAGGGGACGACCUGCCAUGCUCAGUGAAAGAAGUGCGGGUAUUGGUACGAGGCCUCCUGGCCAAUUAUUGAUAUUCCAUGGCCAAUCUCCCGUUGCUGUCGAUCCAUUUGAUUUCUUUUUCAGUGAUGGACAUGGAAUGGGGCAAAGACGAGCUGAUUUUGGUGAUAUCUUUAUGGGGCAUGGGUUGCAGGAAUUGAUAGAGCAGCUGAGCAUGAAUGAUAGGCGAGGUCCGCCUCCAGCACCUCGUUCUGCAAUUGAUGCUAUGCCUACCAUCAAGAUUUCCCAAAGGCAUCUAAAUACAGAUGCUCACUGCCCAGUAUGUCAAGAUAAGUUUGAAUUGGGCACAAGAGCUAGACAGAUGCCAUGUGAUCAUAUUUACCACUCAGACUGUAUUGUGCCUUGGCUAGUCGAACAUAAUUCAUGCCCCGUUUGUCGUGUUGAGCUGCCUUCGCUAGGUUCUGGAAAUGCUCGCUCUAACUGGAGUCAGAGAGCAAUGAACACAAGCAGUAGUGGUGGAGGUGGCGGAGGCAGCAGCACCAGCACCAGCAGAAGGGACAGUAAUUCUCAGAGUCAGGGGAGGUGGAAUCCAUUUUCAUUCCUAUGGCCUUCAAACUCAUCGAGUCAAAACACUCAACGCCAAUCAGGAAACGAAGGAAACAGUGCAGCAGCUCCGAAUGAGGAGCAUAGCAGGACACGGUGGCCUUUUGACUAUUGAUUUUGCAUCUGAAGCUGCGUAUUCUUCUUCUUCUUCAAUACUCCCUCUUUUAUUUGUUUCUCAAUCAUGUUUGUUGUUGUGUGCCUCAAAAAGUCUGGGUUACGGUUUCUGGUUGUUAAAUCUUCUUGGUAAAUCUUUUGGAGUUUAAACGAUUUCCCCGCUUGUAUGCUAAACUUACACCACUUGUGAAAAGAUCAACCCCAUAUUGUCCUUAAAAA